AGCGCGCCGGGGCAGCCUUGCGUGCGCUCCUCCCGGCGCCAGCAGCCCGCCCGGCGCAGCCCGAAUCGGUCCGGGCGCUGCCGCCCGGGUGCCUGGGUAUCCGCGGGGUUUGGAGAUCGGAGGCAGCGCGAAGCCCGCGGCCAGCACGGAGCCUGGAGACGGCCUGAGGAACCGCGAGGUCUGGAGCCGGGAGCGCCGAGCCCGAGGCGGCGCGUCUGGGUCUGCGCUUCCCGGCUGGACGGCGCGCCCGCUCGGCUUCGCCACGCGCCCUCCCCUGGGCUCCCUCUCCUGGGUCCCCGCCAGAGACGCGCCCACUCCCGCCCGGACUUCCAGCCCCGGAGGCGCGGGACAGAGCCGCGGACCCCUCGUCCUAAUGCGCCUCAACACCUCCACGCCGGGGGCCCCGGGCGCACCUGCCGCCGACCCCUUCCAGCGGGCGCAGGCGGGACUGGAGGCAGCGCUCCGGGCCCCGGGCUUCGGCAACGGCUCGGGCAAUGCGUCUGAGCGCAUCCUGGCGGCGCCCAGCAGCCACCUGGACGUGAACACCGACAUCUACUCCAAGGCGCUGGUGACCGCGGUGUACCUGGCGCUCUUCGCGGUGGGCACGGUGGGCAACGCGGUGACAGCGUUCACGCUGGCGCGGAAGAAGUCUCUGCAGAGCCUGCAGAGCACCGUGCACUACCACCUGGGCAGCCUGGCGCUGUCGGACCUGCUCACGCUGCUGCUGGCCAUGCCCGUGGAGCUGUACAACUUCAUCUGGGUGCACCACCCCUGGGCCUUCGGCGACGUGGGUUGCCGCGGCUACUACUUCGUGCGCGACGCCUGCACCUACGCCACGGCCCUCAACGUGGCCAGCCUGAGCGUGGAGCGCUACCUGGCCAUCUGCCACCCCUUUAAGGCCAAGACCCUCAUGUCUCGAAGCCGCACCAAGAAGUUCAUCAGCGCCAUCUGGCUGGCCUCGGGCCUGCUGGCGGUGCCCAUGCUGUUUACCAUGGGCCAGCAGAACCGCAGCGCCGACGGCCAGCACCCCGGGGGCCUGGUGUGCACGCCCACCAUCCACGCGGCCACGGUCAAGAUCGUCAUCCAGGUCAACACCUUCAUGUCCUUCAUAUUCCCCAUGGUGGUCAUCUCCGUCCUGAACACCAUCAUCGCCAACAAGCUGACAGUCAUGGUCCGCCAGGCCGCCGAGCAGGGCCAGGUGGGGGACCAGCACAGCACGUUCAGCAUGGCCAUCGAGCCCGGCAGGGUCCAGGCCCUGCGGCACGGCGUACAUGUCCUACGUGCAGUGGUCAUUGCCUUUGUGGUCUGCUGGCUGCCCUACCACAUGCGGCGCCUCAUGUUCUGCUACAUUUCGGACGAGCAGUGGACUCCGUUUCUCUAUGACUUCUACCACUACUUCUACAUGGUUACCAACGUGCUCUUCUACGUCAGCUCCACCAUCAACCCCAUCCUCUACAACCUCGUCUCCGCCAACUUCCGCCACAUCUUCCUGGCCACGCUGGCCUGCCUCUGCCCCGUGUGCCCGCGCAGGAGGAAGAGACUGGCCUUCUCGAGGAAGGCCAACAGCAUGUCCAGCAACCAUACCCUCUCCAGCAAUGCCACCCGCGAGACGCUGUACUAGGCUCUGCUCCGGGGCAGUGGCCAGGAGGAGCCCGGCCAUGGGUCCUUGCCCUGACAGAGCAGCCCCCACUGGGGAGCCUUGAUGGGGGUCAGGCAGAGGCCAGCCAGUGCUGGAGUCGGAGGCCUGGAACCCCCUCCUUCCCCCAGCCCCCAUUUCCCAUUUCUCAUCAGCGUCUCCUGGGCCUGUCCCA